GUGGGGACAUAAUGUUAUAUUCAAAACAAAAUGACAAUAUGUCGUCUGAGACAGAGUUGGAUUUUGCAGUUUAUUCGAAAGAGGGGGGAACCAUGUAUCAUCAUAUUUCAGACAGUCUGAGUCCACUUAUGGUAGAAACAAUCCAGGAUGGUGAUGUUAAUGAUACGUGUGAUGACACAUCACAACAGCGUUGUGGUGAAAAUCCCAAAAGCAGUUCAAGUGCGCACUCAAACGUACGGGUAUCAUCCCCAUUAUCAGUAAAGCAUGCAGAGAAAAGGACAAGUGAGUCAAUUAAGAGUGAUGGACCUCAGCUCUAUCACAUCUUAUCAAGGGAUUACAAGGAAAAUUCGUAGUCAGAAUUCCCAACCCCAUGGACAAAAUAGUUCCACAGAAAGCAAAAACGAUAGCAACCUUUAAUGUGAAUUUGUCACAGAAGGUAGCUAAUUAUCACUGUAAACGUAUGAAGCCGAUAAAAGUCUUAUAUAGAACUACCUUAACGGACUUUUCUGAGGAACGCUUACUUUUACAGUUUAUGGCAAACUUUUUCAC